GAGUGACGCGACCGGCCGGUAGUUUUUUGGCCCGCGCCACCGCCUUUGUGGCUCUCUUGCUCCUUGCAACCUCGAAGCUCCGUCGCGGUUAUUCGCUGCCGCCAUCUUUUCAGCCGAACGGCGGCAGAACUUUGCCUCCUACAUCAUCAACACCCUCUGUCCGGAUAGUACUGCCAUCGACAGCCGCAGCGAUUUUCGCAAUCGCGCAUCAUGGCGGACAUCAAGAUUGACAGCAAGGCCUUCCAAGAGCGCCUGUCGCACUUCGUUGGCGCGUGGAAGGCCGACAAGCGAAGCGGCGACGCGCUCUUCGGCGGCGCCUCGUCCAUCGUCAUCCUGAUGGGCAAGGUUGACGAGGAGCCCGAACUGCACAAGAACAAUGCCAUGCAUUUCUGGCUGCUUGGCUACGAGUUCCCGACAACCCUGAUGCUCUUGACACCCGAAUCCAUGUACAUCCUGACAACUCAAAAAAAGGCGAAAUACCUCGACCAAAUCAAGAACAGCCGAUUUCCGGUCGAAGUUCUUGUAAGAGGCAAGGAUGCAGCGGAAAAUGAAAAGCUUUUUGUCAAGAUCACAGAUGCCAUCAAGGCAGCAGGCAAGAAGGUUGGCGUUCUCACGAAGGACACUUCCAAGGGGCCGUUCAUCGACGAAUGGAAGAAGGUUUAUGCCGAGAACUGCAAGGAUGUCGAGGAAGUCGAUAUCGCUCACGCGCUAUCCGCUGGCGCAUUUUCGGUCAAGGACGAGACAGAGCUCCGGGCCAUGCGAUCCUCAUCGAAGGCUUGCGUCGCCCUCCUGAAUCCUUACUUCCUCGACGAAAUGUCAGAUGUCCUCGAUAAGGAAAAGAAGAUAAAACACAGCGCCUUGGCCGACAAGGUCUACAACAAGCUCGAGGAUACCAAGUGGUGGAAGACUGUCGAACUACCGAACCGUCAGAGACUGCCCACCGAUUUCGACCCCGAACAGCUCGAUUGGAUCCUUGGGCCUAUCGUUCAGAGCGGCGGUAAAUUCGACCUCAAGUGGCAAACAGAUUCAAACGAUGAUCCUCUUCAUGCAGGAAUCAUUGUCGCAGCCAUGGGUUUGAGGUACAAGUCGUACUGCUCACAGAUUGCCCGGACAUUCAUGGUCGACCCGAACAAGUCGCAAGAGAACAACUACAAAUUUCUGCUGGCCGUCCACAACCUGAUUCUGAAGGAAAUCCGCGACGGGGUGGUUGUCAAGGAUGUUUAUAACAAGGCUUACAAUCUGGUCAAGUCGAAGAAGCCCGAGCUUGAGAAGCAUUUUCUGAAAAGUGUUGGAUACGGCAUCGGUCUCGAGAAUAAGGAUCCUACUCUGGUGCUCAACGGCAAGAACACGCGGACUCUGCGGGAUGGGAUGACGCUCUGCAUCACCACGGGAUUCAGCGAUAUCCAGAAUCCAGACGCUCGGGACAAGAACAGCAAGGUCUACUCCCUGGUUCUCACCGACACCAUUCGUGUCACCGGCGGCGAACCGGUUGUGUUCACCGGCGAUGCCCCGGCCGACGCAGACGCGACUUCAUUCUUCUUCAAGGAUGAGGAGGAGGCCCAGCCAACACCGAAGAAGGAAAAGCGGGACUCGCGCGUAGGUGCUGUUGCGACUAAGAAUAUCACCAGCACCCGGUUGCGAUCGGAGCGGAACACAGCACCGGAUGAGGAUGCGGAAAAGAAGCGCCGAGAACACCAGAAGGAUCUCCAUGCCAAGAAGCAGAAGGAGGGUUUGAUGAAGUACGCCGAGUCCACCGGUGACAAAGACGGCGUCGAAGUCAAGAAGUUCAAGCGCUUCGAGUCCUACAAGCGGGAUAACCAGUUCCCGCCCAAAGUCCGGGACAUGGGCAUUGUCAUCGACCAGAAGAACGCAACCAUUGUGCUUCCUGUUAUGGGCCGGCCCGUUCCCUUCCACAUCAACACUAUCAAGAAUGCCAGCAAGAGUGACGAAGGGGAAUGGUCGUUCCUGCGUAUCAACUUCCUUUCUCCGGGUCAGGGGGUCGGACGGAAGGACGAGCAGCCGUUUGAGGACGCCUCGGCCCACUUUGUCAGGAGCUUGACGUUCCGAUCAACCGACGGUGAUCGAUACGCGGACAUUGCGAACCAAAUAUCGAAUCUCAAGCGCGAGGCAGUCAAGAAGGAGCAAGAGAAGAAGGACAUGGAAGAUGUCGUGGAGCAGGACAAGCUGAUCGAGAUCAGAAAUCGCCGUCCGGCUGUGUUGGACAAUGUCUUCAUUCGGCCAGCCAUGGAGGGCAAGCGGGUUCCUGGCAAGGUCGAGAUACACCAAAACGGUAUUCGAUACCAGUCGCCGCUCAGCACAACGCAGAGAGUGGAUGUUCUUUUUUCCAACGUCCGCCAUCUCUUCUUCCAGCCAUGCCAGAAUGAACUCAUCGUCAUUAUCCAUCUGCACCUCAAGGACCCCAUCCUUUUCGGCAAGAAGAAGACGAAGGACGUGCAGUUCUACAGGGAGGCCACAGACAUCCAGUUUGACGAGACCGGGAACCGGAAGCGCAAGUACCGGUACGGCGACGAAGAUGAGUUCGAGGCCGAACAGGAAGAGCGCCGGCGCCGGGCGGAGCUCGACCGCCUCUUCAAGAGCUUCGCCGAGAAGAUUGCCGAGGCGGGCCGGAACGAGGGCGUCGAGGUGGACAUGCCACUCCGUGACCUCGGCUUCAACGGUGUUCCGAACCGCAGCAAUGUCUACAUCCAACCCACGACCGAAUGCCUCAUCCAGAUCACCGAACCGCCCUUCAUGGUGAUCACGCUGGAGGACAUCGAGAUCGCCCACCUGGAACGCGUACAGUUUGGGCUGAAGAACUUCGAUCUCGUCUUCGUCUUCAAGGACUUCGCCCGUCCACCGGCGCAUAUCAACACGAUCCCGGUCGAGUCACUCGAGGAUGUAAAGGAGUUCCUCAACUCAUCGGACAUCGCCUACUCGGAGGGACCGCUCAACCUCAACUGGUCGGUCAUCAUGAAGACGGUGAUGGCCAACCCGCACCAGUUCUUCAUCGACGGCGGCUGGAGCUUCCUGCAGAACGACUCGGACGACGAGGACGGCUCUGAAGAGGAGGAGGAAGAGAGCGCGUUCGAGAUCAGCGAGAGUGAGCUGGAGGAGGCGUCGGAAUCGAGCGAAGAGGACUCGGAUUACGACUCAAACGCCUCGGCGGAGGCCAGCGACGAAGCCGAGAUGAGCGAGGAGGAGGAAGGCGAGGACUGGGAUGAGCUGGAGCGGAAGGCCAAGAAGCGGGAUCGCGAGAGCGCGCUGGAGGAGGAGGAUCGGGGAGGCAAGAAGAAGCAGCGCAAGAGAUAAGUUUCUCUGGGGAUGGGGAGAUGAGUUCUGGCGAGCGAGUGUGGCAUGUUCUCCAUCGGGCAUAUAGCUUUGCUUGGGCUGCUUUCAGUCACGGGGUGGGUUUGGGCACUCGGAUGUUGUUUUGUUGGGGAUUUUUAUCUGUCAAUGUAUGUACAUUAACUCAAGGUCGUCGCCCGGUACCAAGCUUGCGGUGCGCUUGCAGUUUGUCGUGGGUAGAUCGUAACAGGGGGGAGCUUCAUCUGGGAGUCCACAAUGUAAUAUGUUAUGCUUCGUCGGACUUGAGCCAUAUAUGUUCUCUUGGGCCGGUGACCACUCUUCUUGUGAGCGUGGACUCACCGUUUGUCUCGGAAAUGCUAUCUCACCCUUUUCU